AUGCAUGAGGUGAUAUCAUUUGUUUCCAAAGAUCGAUAUUCGAAGGAUAAUGUCUACACAUUAGAUGCUGAUUUGUUUUGUUGGAACUUAUUAUGUCCAGUCUCAACAAAGAUAAUCACAGAAAUUUCCUCCGUGCAAGCUGUUAUACUGAGCUCCCAGCUGAAAGAGAUGUUGAGGCAUAUUGAUUCCCAUGAAAUAUCUCAGGGAAUAUAUAAACCAAUCAAACUCAUUUAUCAUCAAGGGGAGCCAUUCUAUGUUAUCAAACAGCCAGCAAAAAUCACUGCAGUAUUCCCAAUGCGCUUCAAAGAAAAUACAGAUGUGAUUAUUGCAACAGCCUUCUUUCAGGAACUUGUAGUUGUUGGAAGUACUGGAGCGUGUGCUAAGGCGCCUCAUUGUAUCUGGUCACCGAUUCCACCUCCAGAGUUAAGAGGAGAACAUAUGGAAGACCUGAGCACCAAUGGAGGAUUUGUUUCUUUUGAUAUUACGUCCCGUCACCUGGAAGGAAAAAAAUUAGACAAGACUGUGUGGAACCUACUGAACUUCUAUACAUUCGUGAAAUAUCACGUGAAGAGCACUAGAGGUUUUAUACACAGAAGGAUGAGAAAGCGUCUUGGAAACUUGGUCGAGAUGUUGCAAAAUGCAGGAAUUGAAGAAGAACAAAUUAAAAAUAAAGUCCAAGGAUUCAAAUAUGUGAGGAAGUUGGCAAGAUUCUCAAAACCCAAAAUCCUCAAGAGGGGAUUUAAUUUCAGCAAAAAGCUCAAGAGAAUUCGUUCCAGAUUAAAAAUCCAUGGGUUCAGUCGUUUCCGCAGACGAUGGUUAACAAUGCCAAAAUUUUCUUCAGUUACGAGGCAUACAUAA